AAGCGCAACACCGAGCACGCCUGCGCAAUGGGUGCCAGGUCCACUCUUUGCGACUGGGACCUUAGUGUGCUAUUUGUUUCGGAAUAGGAGGCUCGGUAGCAGAGGAUUUCUCGCCUUUCCUUCCCUCCCAUAGCUUCCCUACGUAUGGAUGCUAAAAGCUGCUGCUGCUGCUACUGAGCUAGUCAGAUACUGAUUCACCUUUAAGAUGUGAGUUCUUCCACUAGACGCUCUUCAUAGGAACGGAGGCAAUUAGAAAACAGUGGAAUGGAAAGCAAGUGCUGUGGUCAUCCCAUGUUAUGCUCCUUGUCAACAAUGUAUACAUUCUUGCUAGGGGCCAUAUUCAUUGCUUUAAGCUCAAGUCGCAUCCUAUUGGUAAAAUAUUCAGCCAACGAAGAGAACAAAUAUGAUUAUCUUCCAACUACUGUGAAUGUGUGCUCAGAAUUAGUGAAGCUGGUUUUCUGUGUGCUUGUGUCAAUCUGGGUUAUAAAGAAAGAUCAUAAAAGUAGAAACUUGAGAUGUGCUUCCUGGAGGGAAUUCUUCAAUUUCAUGAAGUGGUCCAUUCCAGCCUUUCUUUAUUUCCUGGAUAAUUUGAUUGUCUUCUAUGUCCUUUCCUAUCUUCAACCUGCCAUGGCUGUUAUCUUCUCAAAUUUUAGCAUUAUAACAACAGCUCUUCUAUUCAGGAUAGUGCUGAAGAGGCACCUAAACUGGAUACAGUGGGCUUCCCUCCUGAUUCUGUUUCUGUCUAUUGUGGCCCUCACUGCUGGGACUGACACUUCACAGCAUAACCUAGCAGGACAUGGAUUUCAUCACGAUGCCUUCUUCAGCCCAUCCAAUUCCUGCCGCCUUUUCACAAGUGAGUGUCCCAGAAAAGACAAUUGCACAGCAGAGGAGUGGACUUUUUCUGACUCUAAGUGGAACACCACAUUCCGAUUUUUCAGUCACAUCCGUCUUGGCUUGGGCCACGUUCUGAUCAUAGUCCAGUGUUUUACUUCUUCAAUGGCCAAUAUCUAUAAUGAAAAGAUAUUGAAGGAGGGGAACCAGCUCACUGAAAAUAUCUUCGUACAGAACAGCAAACUCUAUUUCUUUGGCAUUCUUUUCAAUGGGCUGACCCUGGGCCUUCAGAGCAGUAACCGUGAUCAGAUUAAGAGCUGCGGGUUUUUUUAUGGCCACAAUGCAUUUUCAGUAGCCCUCAUUUUUGUAACUGCAUUCCAGGGCCUCUCGGUGGCUUUUAUUCUGAAGUUUUUGGAUAACAUGUUCCAUGUCUUAAUGGCCCAGGUGACCACUGUCAUCAUCACAACAGUGUCUGUCCUGGUCUUUGACUUCAGGCCCUCCCUGGAGUUUUUCUUAGAAGCCCCAUCAGUUCUUCUCGCCAUAUUUAUUUAUAAUGCCAGCAAGUCCCAAGCUCUGGAAUAUGGACCUAGGCAAGAAAGGAUCCGAGAUCUAAGUGGCCGUCUUUGGGAGCGCUCCAGUGGGGAUGGAGAGGAACUGGAAAGACUCACCCAACCCAAGAAUGCCACUGAGUCAGAUGAAGAUACUUUCUAAUUGGUAGCCAAAUAAUUGGCUGAUCUUACAACCUUGUUUUCAUAAUUUUCAGCCUGUGUUAAUAUUCAUCUUUUCACUUUGAUAAACCAAGAACAUGUCCAAAGAAAAAUGCUCUUUGCAUACGUAACUACUUCUAAACAGUUCUAUCCAAGACUUAGAUUACAUAGAGGCUAAAAAGGGCUAAGGAGCUGACAUAAAAGUAAUAGUACAGAGACUGCAUUAGUGACCAGUGCUAGAGAAAAUAAGAUAUAUUCACAGAUUAUUUUUCUUGUCAUCCAAGGUUCCAAAAACCUUAUAAUAACCAGGUUAGCUGUGCCCCAUAAAUACACAAAUACAGAUCUGUUUGCCAGAUAUUGAUAAUUAUGUAGUUCUACUCUGUGCCAAAGUCUUUACUUUUUUAUCAUUAUAAACACCACCUGGGUUGUCUCUUGAAUUUUGAGGUCCUGGAGAUACACAUUUGGCAAUUAAAAUGCUACGUGACUCUAGAGAACUUGAAGGCCACUUGGCUGCAACAUUGAUUUGAGGUUAACGUAGUCCAUGCUAAAUGUUUUGCUGAGCAAGCAGUUUUUCAGAAUCAAAAUCUCAGAAUUUUAAUCUGUAGGAUUUCAAAGGGAACUUAAUUUUUACUGAUUAUCUUUGGGUGGUUUUCUGUGCACAUAGGCUUCAAGUUAGGUGGAAAUUGCUUCCCAGUCACCAGUUAUCACUUGUAUUUUAAAUCACUUAAGCCAUGGUGAGUCUUUUCCUCCUCAGGUUGACCUUACUAUUCUUGGGUUAUUAUAUUUUGGAGAAUUAAGAAGGAGCCAUUUCAUUGUCUCAGAUAUUAAUUAGAACUUAUGAUUACAUAUCAUAUCUGGUUCCUAAGAUUUGAGACACUGGCUUCAGAAUCAUACCAGAUUGUCACUAAGACUAAUGUCUAUGAGUUCCUUUUAAAACGGUCACUUUGCAAACAAUGACUUUCAGUGAAGUAUGAAUAUUAUUCUAAAAAACAGGAAGGCCAAUAAUAAAGCACUUUAUAGUAACAAUAUUUUACACUCCAAGUGCAUGGUAUUUUUCAACAUGUGUUUUGCAUGCAGCCAACUGACUCCGAGGUAGAGAAGUCAAGUGAUGGAUAAUUUUGAAGUGGGAACACAAGUGACUUGCCACAGUCAUGCCACUGGGUGGUGGCAGGACGAGAGUUGUUAGCUGGAGCUAAUAGGCCUGUAUGAUUGCAAACAGCAGUACACUGUGAAUGUGAGCCUUAAAGUGUUGUUUUCAUGCAGUCCUUUCCCCUAAUUUUCAUUUCCCUAAUUUUCAUACAGAUUGAACAUUAAAAAUAUUAUUAAAUAAUCAUCUAUGACAUGCAGAAUAAUAUAACUGGCAAGAGUUGGUGGAAAUUUAUAAAUAAAAUAAUUACUAAACCUA